AUGUUGUCCAGAAAUAACAAGGAUUUAUUUGCUGGUAAGGGCAAAGAAACAGAAGGAUCCGCAAACUCGAUUUAAAGAGUAUUUCAAUGAUGUUAUUUUUGAUAGGUUAAAGAGAGAGCAAAAAGAUGUUGAAAAGAAGAUUAUUGUGAUUGAAGGAGACACGAGUCUAUUGAAUUUAGGAUUGUCAGAGAAGGACCGCGAUCGCAUUAAAGAUACCGAUGUAAUUUUUCACAGUGCAGCAUCAGUACGUUUUCUGGACAAUAUUCGUAUUAUAGUUAAUACAAAUAUUAGAGGAACAAGGGAUCUUCUCUUGCUUGCACAAGAGAUGAMAAGCUUAAAGGCCUUUGUUUAUGUUUCAACAGCUUACUCGCACUGUGUUUACAAUAAAAUCGAAGAAAAAUUGUAUAARCCACCUAUGAAGACAGAAGACAUAAUUAGAUUGACAGAGAUUUUAACCGAAGACCAAUUAGAUUUAAUCACCCCAAAGCUACUGGGGAAAUGGCCUAACAGUUACGCAUUUUCAAAGGCAAUCUGUGAAGAUACAGUACGGCAAUAUUCUAAUGGAAUUCCAACUUGCAUUGUUCGGCCAUCCGUUGUUGUAUCAACAGAAAAGGAACCAAUUGCUGGCUGGAUAAACAAUUUGAAUGGAAUUACAGGUGUUGUUUUUGGUAGCAUGAAAGGUAUUUUACGAACAUUGUAUUGUGAUAAAGACUUAACUGUCGAUAUGAUUCCUGUUGAUUAUGUUGUCAACAACAUUAUUGCUGCAGCAUGGGAUGUUGCACAAGAACGCAGAGAUAACAAAUACUUACCUGUUGACGAUGAGAUUCCAGUCUAUAAUUCUGUUUCCUCCGUUCAAAGACCAAUUACUUAUGAUACUAUAAGAAGAAAUGUAAUUUUUGAGGGACUUCAAGUCCCGUCGAAAAAAGUGCUUUGGUACGGCUCAAUAUGGUAUAUCAAGAACUAUUAUUUCUAUAUCUUUUUGACAAUUUUUUUUCACUGGAUACCAGCAAUAAUAGUGGACUCUUUUUUAUAUCUCAGUGGAAGAAAGCCAAUGUAA